AUGGAUUUGGCCAACGCGACAACAAUUGCUGUAGCCGACAAUCAAAUGAAUGUUUUCUUUUACAAUUUUUUCAGUCGACAAUUGACUUCAACAUUGAAUCUGCGAGACAUGUUUCCUGAUUAUCCACGUAUGCCAGACAAAAUAGCAACUAAUUUACGAGCUAUCGAUCAGUAUGUUCAUGUGACUAGUUCAACUAAUACUCAACCAUCUGAUAAACAAUAUUUUUUUCGUAUUUCUCUCAAUGAUAAGACCAUUUUAAUAUAUACAAGAUAG